AUGGAGAAGGAAAGACAAGCUCUUCUCAACUUGAAGAAAGGCUUUGUCGAUGAUGGCAAUCGUCUAUCCUCAUGGACAAGUAGUAGCCGUGAUUGUUGUGCAUGGAGAGGUAUCAGGUGCGAUAACUCAAAAACUCAUCGUCAUAUUAUCGCUCUUGAUCUUAAAUCUGAUGACAACAAUCAUAAUUAUUUGGGUGGUGAAAUUGGUCCUUCUUUGCUUGAAUUACAACAUUUGAGGUACCUCGAUUUUAGUUACAAUAAUUUUACUAAAUUUCUUGAGUUUAUUGGUUCUUUACGUAAAAGUAUUAGUGAGCUCAAACAUCUUGAAAAAUUGUACCUCUCUUCAAACUCUUUCACCGGUACUUUACCUAAAGGUAUUGGUGAGCUCAAACAUCUUGACACAUUGAAUCUCUCUUCAAACUCUUUUAUUGGGCUUGUUACUGAAGUUCAUUUUAAAAAGCUUUCCAAAUUGAAAAGACUUGAUUUAUCUGAUAACUCCUUAACAUUGAGCUUCAAUUCCACUUGGGUUCCACCAUUUCAACUAGAGUAUGUAUCAUUGAGGUCUUGCAAGUUAGGUCCAAAAUUUCCUACUUGGCUCAAAAACCAAAAAAAUAUCUCUCGACUUGAUAUUUCAAAUGCUGAAAUUCACGAUGAAAUUCCUACUAAUUGGCUUAGUCCUUUGAAAUUUCUAGAUCUAUCUUCGAAUCAAUUUCAUGGUCCUAUUCCACCUUAUCUAUCGAAUGUGAGCAUAUUGAUGCUAUCAAAUAAUAGAUUUACUGAUCUAAAGAGUUUUCUUUGUUACCCAUUACAAGGAUCAAUAAAAGUUCUUGACAUUUCAAAUAAUAUGUUUAGUGAAAGCCUUCCUAAUUGUCAUUGGAAUAUCAAAGAAUUGAUCGGUCUAAAAUUAGAUAAUAAUAAUUUGUCUGGAAUAAUUCCAAGAUCAAUCGGUUUGUUGAAUGAAAUUCAAUAUUUGCUUUUAGGGCAUAAUAAUUUCUCAGGAAAUCUUCCUUCAUCCUUAAAGAACUGUACACAACUUCAAAUUCUUGAUAUCGAAUAUAAUAAUUUAGAAGGAAAUAUACCAUCUUGGAUUGGGGAAAGACUCACCAAUUUGAUUUUUCUUAGAAUAAGAUCAAAUCAUUUUUAUGGAAAUAUACCACCAAGUAUGUGUCAUCUUCAAUUUCUUCAAAUAUUUGAUAUUUCCAUAAAUACCAUAGGAGGACUUAUUCCUUCAUGCAUAAAAAAUUUCACAUCUAUGGUAGAUGAAAGGAAACAAAGUCAUAUUGCUAUUUCGACAAUAAUUCCCCUCUACGAGAAUGUGAUUCAAAUAUGUGAAAUUGCUAUGUGGUUAAUGUGGAAAGGUGUUUAUCGUGAGUAUAGCAAGACUCUUGGAUUAUUAAAAGUGAUUGAUUUCUCAAGUAACAAUUUGAGUGGAAAAAUUCCUAAAGAGUUGACAAAUCUUGUUGAAUUAGUUCAACUUAAUCUUUCAAGGAAUAAUUUGAACUACACAAUCCCUUUGGAGAUUGGGAACUUGAAUAAGUUAGACUCUUUAGACUUAUCCCACAAUAAGUUUUCUGGUGUAAUUCCAACAAGCUUGGCAAGUGUAUCUUCUUUGUCUUUAUUGGAUUUGUCGAAUAACAAAUUAUCAGGAAGAAUUCCUAUCGGUACUCAACUACAAAGUUUUAAUGCUUCGGUGUACAUUCAUAAUGAUGGCUUGUGCGGACCUCCAUUGACCAAUUCAUGUUUUGGAGAUGAGUCUUCAAAUGGUCCUCAAGAUCAUUUGGGUGGUGGUGAUGGAGGCUAUGCUGAAGAUAGUGAAGAUUGGAUUGACAUGUCAUGGCUUCACAAGGGAAUAUGGAUUGGAUUUGUAAUUGGAUUUGUUGGAGUUUGUGGUUACUUGGGAAAUAUACUUGUUAAUGACCUUGUACUAAAGACUCCUAAAUUCUCUCUAAUGUUCAAUGGUUCCAUGCACGGUUUCUUUGAGGCAAGAAGAGGGCUGAGACAAGCUAAUCCAAUGUCUCCUCUCUUGUUUGUCUUGGGUAUGGAAUACCUUCCCAGAAUAAUGAAGAAGGUAGGGCUUAAACAAGACUUCAAAUUCCACGAGAGAUGUGGAGAGUUGAAGUUCAAUCAUCUUAGUUUUGCAAAUGAUAAAUUCAAAGAAUUAAACUCGAACUUUCAAGAACCAGAUUCAAGCAAUCAAGAAUUGGUUUUAAUGGCUUCAACAAGGUUUGAGGUGGACAAGUUCAAUGGUGCAACUGAUUUUAGCCUAUCGAGAAUCAAAAUGAAGGCCUUUCUAGUUCACCUAUGGAUCUAUGAGGCACUUGAUGAUGAAGCCAUGAAAAUAAUUGAAGACAACAAGAAGAAACUUGAGAUUGAAGCCAAAUCACAUAGUGUCAUCCUCCUCAGUCUUGGUGAUGAGGUUUUGAGGGAAGUUUCAGAUGAAGACAAGGCCUUGAAUCUUUGGAAACAAGUUGGCAUCAAUCUACAUGAAGAAAUCUCUUGCAAACAAGUUGUAUCUUAA